AUGAUGAUGACGUGCCGUCUGCUGUGCGCCCUGUUGGUGCUCGCCCUGUGCUGCUGCCCGUCCGUGUGCGGGACAGCAAGUGAAGGUGAAGUUGGUGAAUCUGUUUCAAAGGUUGAAGAGGAAGGGGAACCAAAGCCAGGGGGAACAGGUCCGGAGACGAAUCCGCAAAGUACAAGUUCUCUCUCGCCACAGCCAAAAGAGGAGAAAAAAGAAGAAACGAGGGGGAGUAAUGAGGUGCAGGAAACAAAUCCGUCGACUCCUAUGUCACAGUUAACGGCUGCAUUAACCGGAACGGCAGAGUCACAAAAUACUUCCAAUAAUACGCAGGAUCAGGAAAAAGAUGGGCAAUCCACCAAUGAUGAGGCGGAUGGUGAUGAGACCGAUAAGGCAAAUGAACAAAAUCAAAAAACAAAUGCAAUAAAUACGACAACCACCACUACCACGACGACCACGACAACACAGGCACCAAGCACUAAGACUACAGAGGCGCCAACCACGACGACCACCCGCGCACCGUCACGUCUUCGCGAAAUCGACGGCAGCCUCAGCAGCUCUGCGUGGGUGUGUGCCCAGCUGCUGCUCGCCGCAUCCGUCACGUUGAACGCAUCCCGGACACACUCAUAUUCAUGGCACGCUUACAAAUUUUUACGUGGACGCAUGUUUGUGUGA